CACCUCACGUCUCGUAAAUACUUUUUCUUCCUUGUAGAGACAGUUAAAAGUUGUGAGUCGCGCUCUGGAGAGUUUCAGUCGUCUGCAGAGGAGCUGGUUAGGUGAACGCAAUGGGGAAAAUAGAGUGGGCAAUGUGGGCCAAUGAGCAGGCUCUGGCUUCGGGACUCAUUCUCCUCACUGGAGGCAUUGUGGGGGUGGCUGGACAGUUCAGGGGCUGGCAGUUUGCUGCUUAUGCAGUUGCUGCUGGAGUGUUUGUGUGUCUUCUUGAGUAUCCCAGAAGCAAGAGGUCCAAGGGUACAAGUGUGGAGAGAACGGGCCAAUACUGCUUCACUGUGUGUGUAAAAUCCUUUGGGCCAUUGACAAGGAACUAUUAUGUCAGGGCAUUUUUACAUGCUGCAAUCUGUGUGCCUGGAGGUUUUAUGCUCGCCACUGUCCUUGGAUGCGUCUGCCUCGGUAUUGCCAGCCUCAUCUACCUUGCGGCAGCUAUUCGAGGUGAACACUGGGAGCCCAUUCUGCCACGGAAGGCGGAGACCCGAAAGCCACCAGAAAGCAUCAAGAAGCCUCCUCAGAAUCCACCUCCAAGACCUCCUCCAGAGAUGCGCAAGAAGCGGGUAGAUGACCUAGAGGGAGCAGCCUAUGACAACCCCAUCGAUGUUACCGCUAAUGAGUAACCAGUCCAACGCCCCAUCCUCUGUAUCUCCUCCAAUAUCUGUCUGGGAUCUUUGUACAGUGAAACCCAUCAAAACCAGUCACAGUGGGACAUCACCAAGUUCUGUGAUUCAGGAGAAAUGAAGAGUUUUAUGAAGUUUACUGAAGCUAAUGACUGGACAUGUCGGGUCCAUGCCUUUAUACCUCAACCUGCAGAGAAAUAUCUUGAAAAGGGAGAAAAAUGUUUCUUAGCAAGAACUGAGAAGUCAAAGGAGGAAGGGUAAAGGGAGUAUGAUACAAAAAACAUGCCACAAUAAUGCGGUAAAUGCUAUAGCUGCUAAGUGGCAACCACGUACAAAUAUUGUCAAGUUAAAGGACUGCAUGUUGUAUUUUCACUGCUGUGAUAAAAAUGCAAACUAGUACCCAUUUUUCUGCUCCAACCUUAACAUAUUUUAAGCUAUUGCAUCCACUGUAUUGAGUUGCCACACACAAUAACUUGUAUUAUGUACUUACACUGUGUUCAAAUCAACCAAUCACAGUACUGAAAGGCUACACUGUACUGUUUGCUGCACGAUUAGAUUGACUCAUUUUAUUGGGACAAUGCCAGCCUCAUUUUUUUCUGUACUUUUAAUAAAUAAAUCCAUUGUGUCCACUGAA